AUGUUGGAUCUCGAAUCCAGCAAUUCUCCGCCGACAUCCGGCACAAACCAGGAAGAAUCUGUUUCGGCGACGGUAAUUCAUCCGUUACCGUCGUUGAUGUCGCUGAACGUGCCGCCGCCUCCGUUGCGAAGGCCGGACGUUCCUACUGUGAUUUCCGGAAGCGGAUCACCUUCCCAACAACUGCACAUUUUAGUCAUCUCCCAGCCUCCUGCUUCGACUUCUUCGUCUGCUUCACAGCGGAGCGCUCUCCAAGCUGUUCAUUUGUGUCCAGGUAUGAAGCGUAAUUCUGACGGCGAGACAGGGCCGGCGGCCAAACGCCUCCGCCCCAUGGGCGACACGGAGCUUCGUCUUCUCGUUUACAGCAAGGUUGCUGGAUCCAUUAUCGGCAAGGGUGGUAGCAACAUCUCCAAGUUGCGCACCGAGAACCACGCCACUAUAUUACUUCCCGAUUGCCCAGGCCCAGAAAGGAUACUGACUAUCCAGGGCAAUUUGGACGCUGUCAUCAACGUUCUUCAGAAUGUUUUGCCAUCGCUCGAAGAGGUUUCCAAGAUUCGAGGAGAACGGACCGGUCGUGUUGGCGAUUCGGAUGCCCGUCUUUUGGUCCAUCAGAGCCAAAUUGGUUGCAUUAUCGGACGUGGCGGUGCCAAAGUGAAAGAACUCCGUGAGUCGACAGGAACAAGGAUCACGGUCUAUUCUGUUUGCUGUCCGAGAAGCACCGAUCGCAUUGUUCAAAUUUUGGGCAAACCGAGUGAUUGUGGCGAGUGCAUCAAGCAGAUCAUCGCGCUCGUCAAAGAGUCGCAAGUGAAGGGCCCAAUCGAUCAGUACAACCCGUACAAUUAUGACGAAUCGUUCGCUCAGGAAUACGGCGGUUAUGGAGAAGGCGGUGUCCUCGUUGGUAUGGGGGCUGGUGGUGGGGGAGGCAUGCGCGGCAAUCCAGGGGGUCCUCGAGGGCCCGAAAGGGAGCUAAAGAUUCCGACUUUAGUUCGCGAUGUGCCUCGGCCUCUAUCGCCGCCCAGACAUCGUUACAGAGCUGGCAGUUAUGAACGUGACUUGCCACCGCCGUCGUUGAUGGGCGUCGGCCAACCGGUCCGUGGCGGACCCGGCGGUCCCGGCGGGAUGUACCACGACGACAGGAUUUUCCGUGAAGAUGAUCGCGGCCAUACCGAAACUACCCAAGUUUCCAUUCCGAAAGACUUGGCUGGUGCGAUCAUCGGCAAAGGCGGAGCGCGGAUCCGUAAAAUUCGCGGCGACUCUGGCGCCAGCAUCACCAUUGACGAGCCUCGCCCGGGCUCCACUGAACGGAUUAUCACCAUUUCAGGCUCGUCGCAUCAGAUAUGGAAGGCGCAAUAUUUGUUGCAACAGAGUGUUCGCGAGAAUAGCCAAGGAAAAGGAAGCUUUUGAAAAACGAAACAAUAUGACUGGAAAAACAAAAAACAAAAGAAUAAAAUAAGCAUUUUUCGAUUGUGUUUGGACAACCUUACUCCCACCACUGGCACCACCCAACGGCACCUGUCUUGUUAUGGAUGAUUUAACUCUUCACUGAAAACUCCCACCCGCCACCAUUUUUUUUUUUUUUUUCCCCAUUUUGUUUCACGUGUAAUCAGAACCAGAAAGAAAUCGCAACAUCAAAGAACCAUUUUCGUACCGAUAAUGAUUGACAUUGCGUGUCAUGUGUGUUUGUUGCAUCUGUUUUUCUUUUUUUUUGUUGCGUGUUUUUAAAAAAAUUCGCCAAAAUAUUUUCAACUUUUUGAUUCGGAACGAGCAAACACAAAUCGACAUUUAAGAAAAUUUCAAGAAAAUCUACAGGAACGUGAUUUCUCUUCACAAAAAUCGUACAUUACAAAUUUACACACACGGACAUUCACCAUUUGCUCUUGUUUGAUUUUCUUUUCAUCUUGUUAACAAAUUUGUUUGUUCCGUGUCCCUUUUUUUUUUUUUUUCCAGAUCCGAUCCAAACCAGCCAAUCAGCCUCCCCACCAAUUUCUCUCUCCUCUUACAUUUGUACUAAACAGCCGGUGUUUGUUACGUAUGCUUCUUCCUUUUGUGUACGGAGCUCUCGUCGUUUGUUGCCAACUUCAAAAUACAUUUCACAUUUUUUGGGG